UUCAUUAUGAAACAAAAAAAAUUGAAAAAUGAAAAAUUGAUAAAAAAUAAAAAAUUAAAAAAAAAAUGCGUACCUUCAAAAAUAUUGUAUAAUCAAAAAUAUUCUAGACUUUUAAAAAGAAAACGCAGAAAUGAAUACGAUCCAAAAGAGGAGGCUAGGUUAGAAAGAAUUGUAUUUGGUGAUCCAAGUGAUAUAAUAAACAAUUUACCAAACGAUGAUUCUGUUAAGUCGAAUAUUAAUAAAAAUAAUAAUGAUAUUUCUAUGUCUAAUGAUUUAAAUAAUGAUUUGAGCAUACAAACUGAUAUUUAUGAAGAAUGUAGCAAAACAGCAGCAUGGAUUGAUGAAGAUGAUUUUCAUUAUUCCAUACAAGAUGCUGAAAAGGCACAGAAUCGCAAAGUAGCAGAUGAUGUGCCAGAAAAAUUAUAUAAAGAUUUUUUAUGUAACAAAUAUAAACAGCUUGUGGGUAAUCCAAAAUGGGCUAAGCUUGAAAAAAUUAAUAAAGAAUCUGAUGAUUUAGAUAACGAAAUAUUAAAGCAUAGUAAUCAUUUGGAAAAACCUAAAAUAAAAAAUUUAUCAAAAAGUAUAAUUGAUAUAAAAGCAUUAUCACCAAUUAAUAAACAAACACAUAUGGAAGGGCCUAUUAUAUCAAGUGUUGAAUUUCAUCCAUCUUCUACUGUAGCCCUGGUUGCUGGUACAUCUGGAAUUUUAUCUCUUUUCCAAGUAGAUGGUAUUGAGAAUAAUAAAUUACAUACAGUACAAUAUAAGAAAUUUCCUAUUAGUGCAGCAAAGUUUUUGAGAGAUGGUACAGAAGUAUUGAUUGGUUCUCAAUAUUAUGGACAUUGUCAUUCCUAUAAUUUGAUAAGUGGAAAGACAUAUAAAAUGCUAUUACCACAUGGGAUUACAAAUAUGCAGAAAUAUGAAGUAUCUCCAGAUGGAAAAUUGUUAGCAAUUUGUGGACGAUCAGGUGAAAUUUUCUUAUUAACAACUUCUUCUAAAGAACUUAUCAGUACUUUGAAAAUGAAUGCUAGAUGUAGAGCAUUAGCCUUUACUCCAGAUAGUAAUAUGCUUAUUACACAUGGUGACAGCAAUGAAAUAUAUAUUUGGGAUGUAAAUAAUCGGAUAUGCAUUCAUCGAGCUAUAGAUGAUGGAUGUUUAUCCUGUGCCUCUAUUGCGAUGUCACCAAAUGGUCAAUUUUUAGCAACAGGUAGUAAAGAAGGUGUAGUUAAUGUGUAUAAUAGCAAGACAGUAUUACAAAAUCAAAAUCCUGUUCCUUUGAAAAUUGUUCUCAAUUUUGUAACAUCGAUUACUAAUUUGAAAUUUAAUUCUUAUUCUGAAAUUUUAGCAAUGGCUUCAGAUAAAAAACAUAAUGCAUUCAAAAUGAUGCAUUUACCAUCAUUUACUAUUUUUUCAAAUUUUCCUACAUUUCAAACAAAUAUAUCAAUGCCUCAAGCUAUUGAUUUUUCACCAGGUAGUGGUUAUUUAGCAAUUUCCAACAAAUCAAAUACUGCCUUUUUAUAUAGAUUGAAACAUUAUGGAAAUUAUUAGAUUAGUAUUUUAAAAAAUUUUAAUAAUUUUUCAAGAAGAUAGUUCAAACUAAGUGAAUGAUAUUUAUAAUUUACAUCAAAAUAAUGUA